AAUUUGCCUAAAAUUUUAGCUUGGAUCUUCUUAUCCAGGUAUUCGCUUUGACACCUAAUCUCACAAAUGGCUGCUGCUGCUUUCACGACUCUCUGCUUUCUCUCUCAAAACCCCGCCAAAACCCUGCAUUUUUCACUCCCAAAGCUCCCACUCACCAUUCCCAAACCCAGUGUCCAUUCCAUCACGAAUUUCUCUCCCUCAUUUCCUCGCUUCCUAUCGAGCAAGGUGGUCCCUCGCCACAGUUCUAAUCACAUCUCCUGCAACAGCGCCUCUACUUUUCCCGUCAGCACCAAGAACUACGAGUUUUCUGAUGCUUCUUCUGAGGUCGAACUGAGAUUACAACUUGGGGCCUAUGACAUUCAAAGUCCCAGAGAUAUAUUUGUGGAUGCAAAUGGUACCUCUUUGACGAUUAGAGUACAGCACCAUGGCUCUCCUGUCACACUUAUAGAAACUAAUCAACUAUUUGAAAAUAUAAAGCCUGCAGAAACAAUAUGGUACAUUGAUGAAGAUCAACUGGUUAUAAACUUGAAGAAGCAAGAUCCGGAUUUGAAGUGGCCUGACAUUGUGGAGUCCUGGGAGUCCUUGACUGUGGGUUCAAUGCAACUUCUGCAAGGAACGUCAAUCUACAUCAUUGGGGAUUCAACUGAAAUUAACCAGAAAGUGGCUCAAGAACUCGCAGUUGGUCUUGGGUACACACCACUUAGUACAAAAGAGUUGCUGGAAACAUAUUCCAAGCAAAGCAUUGAUUCAUGGGUGCUCACUGAGGGCUCUGACUCUGUAGCAGAAGCAGAAAGUUCUAUAUUGGAGAGUUUAAGUAGUCAUGUUCGAGCUGUAGUUGCAACGUUAGGAGGGCAGCAGGGAGCUGCUAGAAGGGCUGAUAAAUGGCAGCAUCUUUAUGCUGGAUUUACUGUGUGGCUGUCCACCACGGAAGCAACUGAUGAAGAUUCAGCAAAGGAGGAGGCAAGGAGACAAUUUCUAGAUGCACUAGCUUACUCAAAGGCGGAAGUGGUUGUCAAACUUCAGGGUUGGGACGCUGACCUUACCAAAAGUGUGGCCCAGGCAUCCUUGAGUGCGCUUAAACAGUUGGUUCUCUCUGACAAAAAACUUCCAGGGAAGAAGAGCCUCUAUAUAAGGCUGGGAUGUCGUGGUGAUUGGCCAAACAUCAAGCCUCCUGGUUGGGAUCCAUCAGCUGGGGAUGAUCUCCCUCAACGUGCACUAUAAUGUGGAAAGUCCACAUUGCAGGUAUAAACGACGGUUGAAAUUUUGUUUCUCCAAUUUUUUUCUGUUAUCAAGCCCUGUAAUAUUAUAACCUUAUGCUGAUUUUCCACAAGUAACGAGAACAUUGUUGUUAAUAUUCUCUAUAUAUAUUUUUAUUUUUAA